AUGAUUCAACCGCACGAUGAUGCUUUGGUGGUAACAACUCAGAUAAAUGGUUUUAUAGUAAAGAGGGUAAUGAUAGAUCAAGGGAAUGGUGCCGAUGUGAUGUAUCCUGACCUGUUCAAGGGGCUUAGGCUAAAGAAUGAAGAUCUCUCAAAGUACGAUACUCCCCUGGUCGGGUUUGAUGGCCGGGUGGUAAUCCUAGAGGGGCAGAUUUCGCUCCCUGUGAAUAUGGGAGGUAAGGAAGUAGUGGUAAUAUUUGUAGUGGUUGCUUCAUUUUCUCCGUAUACGGCGAUCGUAGGGAGGCCAUGGAUUCAUGCAAUGGGGGCAAUACUGUCCACCCUGCAUGUGAAGAUCAAAGUCCGCACCGAGCAAGGCGUCGCUAUAGUAGGGGCGAGUAUAAGGGAUGAGGACAGGGUAGAGAUGCUGCUGUUUCUUAUGCAGAAUGUGGAUAUGUUUGCUUGGAGCCCGUAUGAGGUGCACAGGGUGGACCUUGAGUUCAUAGUUCACAAGCUUAACAUGGACCCGUUGUUCCCUCCUAAGAAGUAG